GGAAAAGUAAAAAAAAAGUUUCGGAAAAGGAUAAAGAACCCAGAUCAUCUUCGACCUCUAUAAAUACGCUUUCUGCAUCUUCGGAUCGUUGAACAUUUAUAUAAUCUAUAUCCUAAAAAGAACAUUUCAGAAAGAAAGCUUCUCCAGAGAAACGAGCAUACUAUUUCUAUGGCGACUAAAGUGUAUAUCGUGUACUACUCUAUGUACGGUCAUGUGGAGAAAUUGGCUGAAGAAAUAAGGAAAGGAGCUGCUUCUGUUGAAGGCGUUGAAGCCAAACUAUGGCAGGUACCCGAGACGCUUCCAGAAGAAGCACUCUCUAAGAUGAGCGCACCACCAAAGAGCGAAUCACCAAUCAUCACUCCAAACGAGCUAACUGAAGCGGAUGGGUUUGUGUUUGGAUUCCCAACAAGGUUUGGUAUGAUGGCUGCUCAGUUCAAAGCCUUCUUGGACGCAACCGGUGGACUCUGGAGGACUCAGUCACUCGCCGGUAAACCAGCUGGUAUCUUCUACAGCACUGGCUCUCAAGGUGGUGGCCAAGAAACCACCGCAUUGACGGCGAUAACUCAGCUGGUGCACCACGGGAUGGUGUUUGUCCCUAUCGGUUACACAUUUGGUGCGGGAAUGUUCGAGAUGGAGAAAGUGAAAGGUGGAAGCCCAUAUGGAGCUGGAACAUUUGCAGGAGACGGUUCGAGGCAGCCAACAGAGCUGGAGCUAGAGCAAGCAUUUCACCAAGGCAAGUACAUUGCAAACAUUACCAAGAAGCUCAAGGGAUCUACUGCUUAAGAGCUUUUCAAAAAAAGAUUUUACUACGGUAUCAAUAAGUACAAAAAAAGACCCGUUUGGUUCUGCAUUUUAUAUAAAAAUCAUAUAUUCUUUCUCUUUGAAUUUGGAGACCUUUUGUGAUUUUUGGGGUUUAAUUAUCUGAAAGCUACAUGAUAUUAUUAUUUUCACAGCAAUAA